CUCUCUCUCUCUCUCUCCUGUACACCCAGCUUCUUCUUUCCCUCUACACUCGUCUUUCUCCAUCUCCUUCUUGCACAUCCUCUAUUUCAAAGAAAGCUACAGAAAAUCGUUGAAAAUGACUGACGUUCACAAAUUGGAGGACAUGGAUUCUGAGAAUUUUCGCUCAUCUUCUGAAUUAGAUGAAAAGGGUAUCCAGAAAGUCUCUAUUUCUGAUCAAACAAACAACUCACAGUACAGGGGCAUCAAAUCUGAUAGCUUUGCAGUGGACAUGGAACGUUUCUCUCAUCCCAACCACAAAGACGUAGCAACAAAUUCAAGAAUCACUUUGCAGAGAAGCCUUUCAAGGAAAGGGUCACAGCGAGGUGGCGAGAAGAAGAUCAAUCCGAGUACUGGCAAUGAGAAAGACACCAGUGUUGUUGCUAGCUCUUCACCAAGAGCUGCUGUAGUUGGGGCUAGCACACUUGAAAAGCCCAUGGCAAUGACGAAGGGAGCCACACAGCAUUCCAUCAACCCAGGAGUUCAUCAUCAGAUAACUAUCAUGACCGGCAAUAUCAGCACGACCUCCACCGUUGAAAGCAAAUGUGGCGGCAAGAGAUUUAGUUUCAGGCGGUCUUCUCCCUCCUGGGCCAUUGACCCCAGGAGGAUUCUUUUCUUCUUCGCCACCUUGUCCAGCGUGGGAACAAUAUUACUAAUCUACUUCACACUUUCCAUGGGCAAAAUCGGUGGGGAUGACAAUGCUCUCGAUUGAUAACACGACGAGGCAACAAGAAACAAGUUCACAAAACAAUCAUGGUCCUAUCCUAGCACAUCUAAGCCCAUGUAACAUAGAUAAAAUGAGUAUGAUACACAGAAAUAUAACUUGACAACAUUCUUCCAGUAAAAGGGUAGGGUAGAAAAAUGAUCAAAGAAAAGAAGUUUAUCGUGUGACAUUGAGAAAGAAGCAGAUUAUAGAACUUCCAGUAGCAGGGGAUUCAAGCUCUGCAGUUUCAAUUUUUCUUCAGGCCACCUUAUUCUACAUAAUCUUCGAGAUGAAGACAAGGACAGAAAGCCUAUGACAAAGAUAAGGAAUCUUCUAUUUUAUAUGAAAGUAAGAUAUCAAAACACAUGAUUAGUGUACCUUAAAUUUAUAUCACUGCACAAGUUUAAUGGAGGGCCA